AAAUAUUGAUUAGAGUUUUCUUUUAUUAUUAAACUUGAUUGGAAACCAUUUUGAGUAAUAUUGCAGGAAGUAAAUGCGAGGAGAUGGGGAUGCUGAAAUAGUCGGCCAAUUUCCAGGAUACAGUAAAGUGAUUUUCGGGUGAGCAGAUAUUAGCUCCGUCCUUCCUGCCUAAUGCAUUGCAUUUUUCAUCUUCCUCUGCUGGUACAGCUGUAUUAUUCAUCAGUGACAUUGCUAGGUACUCUGUAGCAAUAUGUCGCGAUGCUCUUGGGCGGAGGCCAGAGCGAUCGCGACCGGGAGGACAAAUCUUGGGAUGCAGUGCGUACGUUUGUGUGUGUGUCGGGGGAGAGUGUGUGAGUGAGUGUGGAUGGGGGAACUCGUGUUGGGAUUGGAUAAUGUGUUUGCUUAGCCAUCUCAGUGCCGAAAGGGAAGGGGAGCACGAUAGCUGGAGUGGAGCAUCACUGCCGCCUUUACUCUCUCUCUCUCUCUGUGGAAUGAGAAAGUGUCAAUGCCUCCUUCUUUCUCCUACUGUUUUGGAAUAGUCCUGGAGAUAUAUUGGAAAGGAUACUGUAACCAGCUUUGUUGCAAUUUAGCUCGGAUUCAAGGAGAUUAGGUUCUUGGCGUGGAUUCUUACCCCAUAGCGGAGGUGAUGGCAAAGGGAGUUUGCAUAAUAUAUAAUGGAAGAUAUUCAACUGCAGCGAUUUCAGCAGAAGUCAUAUUAGUUAAAUAAUUGAACAUUACUCACUUUGCAUUUGUGAUGUUGCAGAUUAUGUUCACAAGGCUUUCUACUUAGUCAAUCUAGCUCUUAAUCUAGCUUUUGCCAGGCUCUUAGUUGGUAUCAUAUUAUUGUAGAGACGGAAGCUACCUCUGGAUUUGCAAAGACCUGCACAUGGAAUUCAAGGAAUUACUAUUUGUGGUGCAUCCAUGCCAGGAGUAAGAUGGAUUUGAGGCAUCAAGAAACUUUAAGAUACCAUCUGAAUGCAUCGAUGUAAAUAGAUAAGCCAUAUGAAAGGAGAGAUGAUGCAUGAUUUCAACACAACCAGACCAAGGUGGCGUGAAUGAGCAAUGCACCAGCCACACUCAAACAAUCAGAAGUAGAAAACCUCUUAGUGGAACCACCAUCAUCCAUUGAAACUGCUGCCAUAGCUAUACAAAGUGGCAGCAACACAAAGUGGCAGCAACAUGCCUGUGACAAGUAUUGCCAGUACUCCUAUGAGGGAGCUCCACAACAAUAACAAGAUGCGGCACAUGCCCGACAAGGAUGGGCCACAGGACGGGGAGAAGGACGGAGCGAAGAAGGUGGCCAUGGAGGAGGAUCAAUACAGACCCUUUACUUGGCAGAAACCAGUGCCUUCCAAGGCUCUGAGGACUUCAGAGAACUACAUGCUGAGGUACAAGUGCAGGAAACGGCCAGGGGGAGCCCGUGGUCCUCACGAUGAAACAGCUCUUGGACGAGGUAUCAUCUACCCGGCGGCGUAUCUGGGUUCCACGCAGCUCGUCACCACCAAACAACCCACCAAGAAGGUCCGCAUGCAACAGGCCCAAGAGGCUGUCAACAGGAUUAAGACACGACUUAGGAAGCGCUGGUAUAAGUCCCCUGAUGGGGAGGAGCAGCCUAGUACAGAGGUAGACCUCGCCAUCUCCAAUGAACGCAUCAGGGUACUCAACGCUGACAACCAAGUCAGCAACAUGCAGGAAACCAUGAUGGACCAUCCCCUGAAGACCAUCUCCUACAUCGCCGACAUCGGUAACAUCGUCGUGAUCAUGGCUCGACGUCGCCAGAUCACCAGGACGCUGGACGAAGCCAUGGAGGAGAGCGGAGUCAUGCUGGAUGCUGAAGGACGAAGGCAACCAAGGAAAAUCAUCUGCCAUGUUUUUGAGACAGAAGAUGCACAACUCAUAGCACAGACGAUAGGCCAGGCCUUUGCACUAGCCUACCUGGAGUUCUUGAAAGCCAAUGGUAUCGAAGACCCACACGCCCAGGAGAUCGACUAUCACGAUGUGCUCAACUCUCAGGAGAUCUACGGCGAUGAUCUCAUGCUCUUCUCAAACAAGGAAUGCGAGAAAGAGGUGUUGGUUGAGAAGGAGAGGGGUGAGAUCAUGGGCAUGGUGGUGGUAGAAUCAGGGUGGGGCUCGCUCAUCCCCACCGUGGUCAUAGCAAACAUGUCUCCGUUUGGUGCUGCUGCUAGGUCGGGCAAGCUCAACAUCGGUGAUCAGGUGAUGUCCAUUAACGGCACCAGCCUUGUAGGGCUUCCAUUACAACAAUGCCAACAAACGAUAAAGGGAUUGAAGAGUCAGUGUCUUGUAAAGUUCAAUGUUGUAUCAUGUCCGCCUGUUACUCAAGUCCUCAUCAAAAGACCAGAUACAAAGUACCAGCUUGGCUUCAGUGUUCAAAACGGAAUCAUAUGCAGUCUAAUGCGAGGUGGCAUUGCUGAGAGAGGAGGUGUUAGGGUGGGGCAUAGGAUAAUAGAGAUCAACGGAAGCAGCGUCGUGGCAACGGCUCAUGAGAAGAUCGUUGAGAUGCUUUCAACAUCAGUAGGAGAGAUCCGUAUGAAGACGAUGCCCCUUUCCAUGUACAAGCUCCUCACAGGGCAAGAGCAACCAGUCUACAUAUAAACAAAACUAAUCAACUGAUCUCUUAAACAUUAACAAGUUCCUGUGAUACUGGAGAAUGAAAGUAUGAUGAGUAUUCAUCUUGGGUAGCACUGAUCAGCCCUCUUACCAAGGCGCUGAUCAAGAGAGGGAGACAGCAAUGAAGAGAAAGGAGCAACAGAGAGAAUGCAAGAUUAAUCAACAGCAAGUAAAGGAUCAUGAUAACACAUCCUAGAGGCUUUUCCAUUCCAGAGGAUUGGAUGAAGGUCACUGGAUGCAGCAAUCAUGUUACCAUGGCAACAAGCAUCUCAGAAUGAAACGUGUACCUCAAGCUCACAAAGGAAAGAUGGAUGCGGAGUCAGGAGUAGAUGUAUAAAGAGAGUUCUUCAAGGAUAGUAUAUUGGAUGAGAAUGAACAGCUGCCAAAUGAUUGAAGUGUUACAGAGGUUUUAACCAUUUUGGGAUGUGAUUGUAUAAUGAGAAGGUCUAUAAUGAGGUAACACAUAGUUUCGCAUAUUAAGAAUGCUUUGGCUUCUUCCAAAAAUAGGUCAUUACAAAGACAGCAGGGCAUUACAAGGAGAUAUUGAUACAGCGAUGUCAGAUUCAUCAAAUAUUAAAGCUCGGAAGAAAGAGAUGGAUGUCAAAUUUUUAACUCAAUUUUUUUUUUAAAGAUAAAAGCUGGUCAGUACAACUUGGUGUUUGAAGAUAACUUAACGGCAUCUGAUUAUUAUUGCACAAGCUGAUGAAUAUGUGGAAUCGCCGGCUGAUAAUGCGUGGACAGAUGUUGUUGAAGGACUAAGAUACACAGAGGUAAUCCUUCAUCGGCAAGUUUCGAGUGCUACCAAGAUUUCCAUAUGACGCAAGCAAGGUACGAUGGAAGAUGUCAUGCAUCCCAGCAUGGCUUUUUAGAGAGUGAACAUUGAGAAAAGAGAUUUGUGUUUCUAUGAAGUAAAACCCAGCUUUCUGAAGCACACACAUGGUCGUUAUAAUAAUGACAUUUCCUUCUGUGAGUCGACGAAGUGAACUCCGGUAAUUUAGCAAUUCAGGCGUCAGAAUCAGGGCGUCGACAAACUCUGUACAUUCAGUCACUGAAUUGAGGCCUUUUUCUUGUAAAUAAUAGCUUGAAAGAUUGUAGCCAGAAGACUGCGAGAAUCAGAGAAUGUCGAUAUAUUAGAGAAAGAGAGAUAACAAAAGUAUAAAAGUAAUAUAUUAAAGAUGUUUGUGCACAGUGUAUGUUUCAACAAUGGAAAAAAGUAUAGAUAUAUGUCAAGACCAGUUAUGACAGUGUAUUAGGGAUAUGACCCUGUGGUAUUAUAAGUAGUCUUUUGUUCUAAUAUGUGCAUACACCUACUACAUGAAAAUUCAAUUCAUUGGAGGGAAAUAGUCAUAGGAUUUAUGAUUACGGUAAUCACAUUGAAUGUAGACUAUUUUCAACAUCAAUGUACUCAUCUUGAAAAGAAUAACAAAAUAAUUAGUUUUGUCAACUUAAACAUGUGGGGAAUUGAACCUACUGGUACCCCAUUUGUAAAUUUUAUUAGCUGCAUUGAUACCUUAAUAUUUUACAUUUGCUCUAUCUAUAAUCCAUGAAGUAUAACAUUCCUUAUUUUGUGUUUUAGAGAUCUCAUGAAUCAUUUGUGAUCCUUAAAUUUGCGUGGUACCACUGCCAAAGAAAAUACUUUGUGAUGUAGUUGAGAGUAUAAUUUUCAUUUCAUAUAGAAUCUACGCUAGCUUACAAAAAACAUAGAUGACAAUUGAUGAAUCUCUUUGUAUUAUUUUUAGUAGAUGUAGUGACGAUUCAGGUUUCAGCAUUCAACAUGUAUGUACUGACUCGCCCUAAGUUUUUUAUGAGUAGUCUUAUAUCUCUUUCUUUUGUUUCCUGCAAAUUCCAGGUAGUCCCUAUGUAUGCCAUAAUAAGUAAUGCUUGCUGUAGAUCCUUAGACAGUUUGCACUGUUCGUUUUCUCUCUGAUGAACAUAUUCAAUACACAAAAUGACUUUUUUUGUUUAUUAACAAUGGAUAGGUAUUUCAUUUCGUAAUUGAGGAAAUCUACUAUGUUUCUUUAUACCAAAGCCAAAUGCACGUUACAAUUACAUGUAUAUGGAGUAUAGAUUAUUGAAGGUUAUGGAUUGUAUAUUAUUUGUGAUUUUUUUUUUCCCCCUGAAAAAGGCUUUCCAUUCAUUCAUUAUAUAUUUACUUGAAUGUCAAGAAUUGAUGAAUGUGGAGUAUGAGAGUUUAUUUUGUCAAACAGAACUGUUAAAAGAUACAAGUUACCUAUGUAGUGGAAUGAUAUCACGAAAGUGCACAGACAGCUCAUUUUAGUAUAAAAUGUUAUGCAGCUCAUCCUUUGUACAUUACCAGUCAUACAGACACAAGUUAUUCAAGUUUGUGAAAGAAGAGAAAAUACCUCAUAGCAACUUUUCAAUCAUGUGGCACAUUAUUAGUUCUUAACUUGUGACUUCAUUCCUCAUAUCAUAACAGAAAGCGUUGGUUCAAUGAACAGCAAAUUGACUCUAUAUUUGUUUGUAAUAUUUUGGAGAUGUUAUCACCAAAUUUUUCCAGUCACAGAGUUACAGUCACAUUGCACACUCACUGAAUUCUAUUGACGUUUGUUAUCAUGUACCAAUGGUUAUUGGGUAGUCACACUGGAGGAUAUGACUAUAUAGUUUUAGGUAGUCACGGUAUAGAUCAAAUAUAUUUGUUUAUUUAUAGUAUUAAUAACCUGUGCAUAUUCAUGUUAAAGAUUAAUUAAUUUAUCAUUUUUAAUUAUGUUUGGGGUUUGACUGGUUAUGGGCAAAUAAUUUUCUGAUACAUGUUAAAAUAUAAAAAUUACAUUUAUUUCAGAUGAAACAAUUUUCUUUCGGGAAAAGAUUUCAUUGUAAUGUUUCUUUGUACAUGUUUUACUUCUCCCUUAUUAAACUCAUACUACAUCACAAACAAAGACAUGCAUGUAGGUUUCACUCUAACUAUCAUCAUAUGUAUUAUUCUUCCUCUAUUUUCAUUAUAAUUUCUGUAAAGUAUUCUAACAUUUGUUUCUUUAGAAGGAAAAAAAAAGGGUAGUUAGGGUACCCAAUCCUAGUAGACGUAUUGUAAUCUUCCUGUAUAUUUGAAUAAUUUUUAACUGAAUACCAACUUUUUUUUUGUUUAUUGAUUCUGUGAGAGAGAAAAAAUGGUGCUUUUGUAAAGAUGACAGAUUAUGUAUUUAAACAAUGAGUAGUUAAGUAGCAGCAAGUAAUAUUGGCUGUCUUUUAAUGUAUUCAAUUAUUAUGUUAUAUAUAUACCGGUAUAUGUAUGAAGGCCAGCCACAAUUUAGGACCCAACUGUGAACUGAGUUUGGAAGAAAUUGCAAUAGUAUGAGAUACAAAUGUAAAUUCUUCUUCAUAAGUCUGAAUGAUCAUAUGCAUCAUCAUAUUAAUAUUGCUGGAUGAGAGGAAAGACCUGAUCGGUUCUGAAUGAUAGUCGAGUCGAUAGCCGCAUGACUGCCUACAGAUUUAUAGCCCUUUUUUCCCCAAUCUUAAAGGCUUAUGAAAUACUCUGCAUUUUCAGUGUUCAGUGUCUCAAAGGGCAUCUGGGAUCUGUAUUCAGAAGAAGUUAUAUUCUUUAGACUUUCCAUCCUUUUGCAAUUUCUUUAAGAAUCUAGUUUCGUUUUGGUCAUAAGGUGUGUUGGUCUCUCUAAUAAUUCCAAUCUCCAAUUAUUUAUGUUUAGUGUUCAUCUACGGACACACUGUACAAAAAAACAAUUAUAUCAUAUAGGGCUUCUCACCAUGGUCAUUGUUUAUCAUCUCACCAACAGUAGAGUUUAGCCAUCAGAAUUAUGCCUUGUAUAUUAUUUUGGAAAGUAUAAUGUCCUCAUUAUAAAUAUACCAUGCUCUAUUUUAGUUAUGUCGUGCAUAUUUUUGCCAAUGAUAAUAAUAAUAAUAAUGGGUUCUUGUAUAGCGCUUAUGUCAGUCAGAUUUGACCCUUCUGGCGCUCCUGAUUAUUAUUAUUAUUAUGACUAUCACCAUGUUGUACAUGUAUGAAGAAAGAAUCUGUCAUUUUUAUACACCUCCAAUUUUUAUUAUCAUUUUUAUUAUGAUCUUUAAAAAAAAACUUUUCUAAGUUUCUCUGUAGCUAUAAUAAAAUUGUGUAUGUUUGUUGUUUCAUUUUGAUCAGGAAUGAUGAGGAUGAACUAUUUUAUACUUGGUCGUUUGAAUACAUGUCAAUGUCUCGUAUAACAUAGUGUAUCGCCGUAUACAUCUGUAAUGACUAGUCCUGAGAAUUAGGCACUGAUAAUUUUCCAAAUUGCUGCAAAUGGACAGAAGUACAGAUAUAGCCGAUGAUUGUGAUUCUAGAAAACUUCCAAUUAUUCAUAUUUUUCUUUUGGUUAUUUUCAGUUUUGCUCUCUCUGUAGGUCAAAUUACUAUAAUUACUUUGCGGAGUAAUAGAUCCUCUGCAGUUUUGAUUUCCUUAUGUUUAAUACUAUAAUCUGAAUGCACAGAAUAUUCAAGCAGUGCAGUUAUAAUUAGAGCUGCUAUGAGUUAAUAUUUAAUGAAAAAUUAUUAUUUUUAACCUGAUCCAAUUUUGGCAGAUUAUUUGAGCUAGAGCUGUAGUCCAGGCAAAAACUAUUGAGUUUACAUUGUAUAUUUUGCAUUUCAACACCAUAUACGUUCUAGAUCAAAAAAGACAGCAAUUAUAGAAGAUGAUUUUUAAAAAGAUAUUAAGAAGAUGUUUUGAUAUGUACACAGUUUACUACUUAUAUCCAAUACCUGUUAAAGUAAGCCAGUCUGAAUACAUUUUGAUGAAAACUAAUGCUAUGAAUGAUGAUGAUAAUGUUGAUGAUGAUAGUGGUGGUGAUGAUGGUGAUGAUGAUUAUGAUAGGGAUGUUAUUGGUGAUUUAAAUGAUCCACACUUGUUUUGUCAAACAAACUCUGCUUUCUUAUAAAUUGAUUCAUAUGAGCAAGAGAUGACAGUGGGAGAUUCAACAGAAAAAUAAUUUUUAUAUUUCUUAUUUUAAGUCCAGGCAUGUGAUUGUAUAAACACUAAAUAGUCAAAUACAUUUUUCUUGUGGGGAUAAAUUUACUGUUUGUCAUGGAAGGUGGUUUUCAGUAGAUUGAUGUAUCUUGUUGGAAAAACUAUAUAAAUAUUGUCUUGAUAAAAUUUGUAUUUCCUGUCAAGGAAUAUAUACAUGUAUGCAUUGGAUUCUCAAGUCUCCACUUAAAAUUCCAUAGCCUUAUACGUUGCUUAGAUUUGAAAAUACAAAUGAUUUCCUCUCGAUUCAACUAUUUUCUUUAUUAAUGUAAGAAUUUAUCCCAUAUGAAGUAAGCUCAUUUAUUGAUUAUGUACGAGGUAUGAUGAGAUACAAUGUGAUGAGACUAGGAUACUAAACGCCACUGUGUUGAUAUAUAUCAUGUACACUACUCUGAUUGCAUAUUACAAUUAUGAAGAUAUCAUGCAUAUUAAAAACAAAAAAAUAUUGAUGAACAUUUA